AUGGUUGUUGGAGCACACACAGGCCUUACAGAGAAGGUCUUCGCCUACAAACCCAUAGACCCUCCACUCCAAGAGAUUGAACCCCCAAAGGAUCGCGCGCUCUUCGCGGACCCCGAAAAGAAGGCUCUCCUGUCAGCGGCGACGAAGGUCAAGCAUUUAACCCCGUAUAUCGGGACCGAGCUGCAGGGGAUCCAGCUUAGCAAGUUAGAUGAGAAGCAGAAGGAUGAAUUGGCUUUGUUGAUUGCUGAGAGGGGCGUCGUCUUCUUUCGAGACCAGGAUCUCACGCUUGAGGGGCAACAUGAACUCACUAAGCAUUAUGGGAUUCAAGAUCGAGAUCCUAACCAGGUGGAUCCCCGCCAUGUAACGAUUCUCGGCCGCGGAGGUGACAUUCGCUCGUUUGAACAUACGAGCAGUGCCUUUGCGGAAUUCCACUCCGACCACUCCUUCGAGGUUAAUCCGCCGUCGUAUACGAUGCUCCGGAUGGUCAAGACGCCUGAAUAUGGGGGCGAUACGAUCUUCGCUAGUCAGACUGCACUUUUCGACAAGCUGAGCCCUACCUUUCAGGAAACAUUCCAGGGGCUCCAUGCGGUGCAUAGCUCCGAGCACGUCUUCAUCAACUCGGUCAACGGAGGCGCAACAACAUUCAGACUCCCCGUUCGAAGGGAACACCCACUUGUCCGAACCCACCCCGUAACAGGCGCAAAGGCCCUUUUCUACAACCCCGCCUUCGUAAUCCACAUCGCCGAGCUCAAAGGCCACGAGGCGCUACACACCCUCAACUUCCUGCGCGACCAUCUGCACUCGGCGGAUGAUCUGAGUGUGCGGUGGCACUGGGAGGCCGGGAGUGUUGCGUUCUGGGAUAAUCGCGUCGUUGCGCACCGUGCUAUUCCCGGUGGGUAUAACACGGAGGAACGAGAGGGAAAGAGAACGGCGGUUUACGGGGAGAAGCCGUUUUUCGAUCCUGCUGCGAAGGUUGUCGAAGCUGUUGGUGUUGCUGGGGUAGCGGAGAGGGCUGUUGUUAAGCAGGGAUUGGACGGGUUUUAA